AUGCGUGUGCUUCAUUUAUAUCUAAUAGUGCUAAGUGCUCUGUUGCCCAUGCUGGGUGCAAGCAGCACCAGAGACGGCCACCCACCAGCGGAAAUGAAGCUGGCGGAUGUAAAUCAGGCAGCGGAUCAGCAGGAGAUGCCGGCAUUGCGCUCGGUCAGGCAGCUAGGCAACGGCCGGCGUUUUGGCGGCGGCAGAUUUGGUGGGGGCGGUCUACGCCGUUUUGGAGGCGGUGGCUUACCUUUUGGCGGCGGCGGUCGACGAUUCGGUGGCGGCAGGCGGCGCUUUGCCAAUCCUGGUUUCUAUCCGCAACCAUUUGGGUUUUUUGGCUAA